UACCGAAAACAUUAAAAAACAAGCAUCUUUUCCCUUAAUAAAGAUGUAGAAGAACAGGCCUGGUCCUGUAGAUAAAAUUUUCCUAAGAGGAAACGAAUAAGAUAAGUGGAAGUGGGGGAGGGAUCGCGUCCAUGGCUGUUUUAUAAAGGCCAUUGGAGGACCUUUUUAAGCAGUAACGCCACCAAGUCGACAAAGCCACACAGAUGAUGAGAGGGGGAUCCUGUUGCCACAAUGAUGGCGGCGGCCCGCUGGUCCUACUUCCCAUUUUGUUUCGUUAGGAAACGAAGCAAAAACUGCUCAUAUCUUGGGGACACGGAACGGAGAGGUAGAGAUUGUCCAUCGAAACCAACACUGACACUCUUUCUUUGGCAUUCCUUCCCUCUGUAAUUCUCCACUUUUAUUGCCUCCUCUGUCUCUGAUGCCCCCUAUAAAUAGAGAGAGCGAGCGCGAACGGUAGCAGAAGCAAGCUGUGUGCUCGUCCUGUACGGUACAACCCUGCUCUGCCUUCUUCCCUUCUGCUGUUCUUCUUUCGCCUUUGUUUCUUGCCGUCCCCUCUUGUUGGUCGUCGAAAAUCAUUUUGUGGAAGCACCACCCCGCUACCAUGAUUUCGAUGAUAGCUCGCACCGGCCAUCCCAACCAACCGUGCGAGAAUGGUUGUCGCCUUAUUGUAGGGUGCAUUCCUUGUAAGCUCUCCGACCAGAAGAUCCUAGAAGUUCUGGUUGUCAAAGCUCAGAAAAGCGACACGGUUUUGAUACCCAAGCUACAGAACUGAAUCAUGCUUCUCACUGUCUGCGCAGUUGAUUUCUCUUAGUUUUCAGAAAAUGCUGAAGUUUUAUUUUGCGUAUACCAAUGCGGGGAGGAUAGGAGAACGACGACACUGUAGAAGAAGCGGCUCACAUGGCAGCAAUGGGAGAGGCUGGCGUUGAUGGAAACAUAGGGGAUAUGCUUGGUAAAUUGAAGUUCAAUAGCAAAGGGCAUGAAGAUCGAUAUCAUUUGGCGCAUGUACUUCCUUUGCAUAAUCUGGAGGAUCCUUGGCCAGAGAAACAUCUCCGAGAAAGAAUUUGGAGGAGUGUUGCGGGUGCAAGAGAACGCUGCAAGCAUGAAUGGAUGAGAAAGGCACUAGACAGGUUGAUCCUUAACAUGGAUUGACUGAUUACAUGUAGAGGCAUCGUCAGCUAAUAAGAACCUCAGGAGCUGGUCUCAGCUAGUUCUUCUCCGUGUCAUUGAAGUCAUCAUCAUCAUGGGUGUCAUCAGUUUGGGCUCGUUAUCGAACACAGUGAUCUCUUCCUACAUCCUGUGGGGCUCGAAAGUUGAAAGUGUGAAACUUUCUCUACCUUGAGGAGAAUUGUCGAUCACAGAUUGAAGGGAACAUUGCCAAAGGAAUCAUCUUGUUCUUUAAGAAAUUGCACUUUUGUACUCUUCUCGAAGAUGAAAUGCAAACAUCUGACCUCAGAUUCUGCCGAGGUCAUUCGGGUCCGCGAAACCCUUUCUUACUGAA